AUGGCCUCAAGACAACAGCGUACAACCAUUCAGGACGUACCCGACUCGGACUCGGACGGUGAUAGUCAUGCCGUGGGAUUGCCUAACACCGGUUCUCGUGGUGCACUCCUACAGGAAAUCGGAAAUGCAUCUGAUCCCGACGAACCUACUUUCGAGGCUCCAGUCGCAGGUGCAAGUGGUUCGACACCGAUCUGGGCCCAGCAUACAGUCCCACAAUACCGAAACACUGCAGACCUCGAAAAGUACAAGCGUUGGACGUCAUUAUAUCCGAUAUAUUUCGACGCCAAACGUCCCUACGGUCAAGGCCAAAGGCGACUCGCGCGUGAGAAGAGUAUAUGGUGGCCGCAGAGUCGUGAUAUUGAAGUGGCCGCGCGGGUUCUUGGCAUUCCGACUCUCCAUGAGCCCAUGAAGCGACACCCUCAAGAUUGGGAAAACCCAGGUCGCGUGAAGGUCUUAUGGAAGGAGAACGGUCAAGUUUUGAAUCAAAAGUUCAACUCGAAGAAACGACUCCUCGAAGCCAUCGCCCUUCAAAUACAGGCUCACAAACCGGACCAGGUUCCCACGCCCGAGACAAGUGCACCAAUCAAGGCGCCACCUAAACCAACACAGGCAACCAAGUCGCCGAAGCAUACCCAAGGUCCCAUACAACGUAAAUCAUUCAAGGUACCUCAAGCCCCCCAGCCGUGGCCCAAGUUACAAGAUCGUGUGAGCCCAUACUCCCCCAUGAUCGACGGAGGGAUAUAUGUGGAUGCUGUAUCGAAUGCAUUGGCGGCUGAGAAGAAGGCAGAAACUGGGCCUGGCGCGAUCGCGGGUCAGGCCCAAGGCCAGGCGCAGGCGGGAGCUGGUGCAGGCAAGGGAAAGAAGAAAGUCAUCCGUGUGCGUGGAUGA